AUGGUCCUGGAGGAGGUGGAGUCGGACUGGGACGCGAAGGAGGAGGAGCGCAGGAGGGCAGAGGAGGAGGAAAGGCGGCAGGAGGCUGCGCGCCAAGAGGCUGCCCGCCUAGAGGCUGUGCGCCUGGACGCUGCACGCCUGGAGGCGGAGCGCCUGGAGGCUAAACGCCUGGAGGCUGAGCGCCUGGAGGCGGCGCGCAUAGCUGAGGAAAUGGCCCGCCAGGCAGCCGAGAGGGCCGUCAGACAGCUGGAGGAGGAGCAGGGCACCCAGAUAGCCCCGAUGGAGGAGCCAGACAAUGGAGAACAAUUACCAGAUAUCCAGGAGGAAGAGAAUGAGGAAGAGCCAGAGCUGCAGAGACUGCAGGAGGACAGUGAGGAGGAGCAAAAUAAGAUAGAGGCAGCUCCAGAGCCAGUGACCACUCAACCAGGUCAUGACAGCAAAGAGCCAUCUCCUACUGAUGAGAAAAAAGAAGAAGAUUCCGCAGAGAACGGCUGUGGAGUGAUGGUGAAAAGCUGCUUCUUGAAAGUCCCCCACGCUGCCGAGUGCCUUGACCACCUUACUAUACUGCUGAAGAACAAUAACAUCACCAUCGGCAGGCUAAAAGGCUCCUCGCUGUGUCACCUCCCCCAGCAGUGCUACCUCAUCAUCAGCCAUCGCUUUAGCACCCUGAACCCCCUGCGGGUGAACUCACUGGCCUCUUUUGGGGGGCUGUGUCGUGUCGUGCCGUGCUGUGCUGUGGUGUACCGUGCUGUGUCGUGGUGUAUUGUGCUGUGCCAAGUUAAACUACUAGAGAUAGUGGAACCUGCAGAUGAUUUAAAUGAGGGAGCUCCGGCCGUACCUGAAAUUGUUGUUGAGGAUGACCCGGAGGCAAUGGGCAUCACUCUGCCUGGACACGAAGGUGAGGGCCAGAAGACUGGUCUGCUUGCAGAGGACGGAGCUAAGCAGAGACCCGUCUCCUCAGCCAGCCAGUCGGGCAUCGUGGUACAUGAACGGCUGCAAGAGCUGGUGACGCUCUUCAAGGAGCGCACAGAGCGAGUCCGAGACCGCCUCAUAGACCCGGACGAGUCCGAAGAGGAGGAGGAGCCUCAGAAGCCCCCCGCUGCUGCUGCUCCCCCACCUCCCCCGCCCCCAGAGGAGAAGAAAGAGGCCCCCCCUGACGAACCGGAGGUGGCGGUGGAAGAAGAGCGAGCCUUUGAGUUCAUGGGCAAGCAGAUCAAAGUCCCCAAAUUCAAAAGGCCUCCACUGCCCGGCUGGAUCAGAAGCAUCAUCGAGUUCCGCUUCCCCGACAGCAUCGACCCCGUCACCAACAUGAUCUACAUUAUGUGGCUGUUUGUUGUGAUGUGCGCCUGGAACUGGAACGUGUGGCUCAUCCCCGUGCGGUGGGCCUUCCCCUAUCAGACCGACGAGAACAUCCACUGGUGGCUGCUCACCGACUACACCUGUGAUGUCAUCUACAUUGUGGACAUCCUGGUCUUCCAGCCAAGGCUGCAGUUUGUCCGCGCUGGAGACAUUGUGACGGAUAGAAAGGACAUGAAAGAGAACUAUCGGUCAACUCUGAGAUUCAAGAUGGAUAUGAUCAGUCUGUUUCCCCUGGACCUGUUAUACUUCAAGACAGGAGUUUUCUCUCUUCUGCGCUUCCCACGCAUUUUUAAGUACAUGGCGUUUUUCGAGUUCAACGACCGAAUCGAGGCCGUCAUGAGAAAAGCAUACAUUUACAGAGUAAUCAGAACUACUGCCUACCUGCUUUACUCCCUGCAUGUCAACGCCUGCCUGUAUUACUAUGGAUGUGACCUUCAAGGCCUGGGUACCACGAAGUGGCUCUACGAUGGCAGAGGGAACAAGUACAUACGUUGUUACUACUAUGCUGUAAAAACCCUGAUCACCAUUGGCGGCUUACCAGAUCCAUCCAAUGUCUUUGAAAUCACCUUUCAAGGGGUCAAUUACUUUGUGGGUGUGUUCGCCUUCUCCAUCAUGAUUGGACAGAUGAGGGAUGUCAUUGGAGCUGCCACAGCAGGAGACACAUACUAUAGAGCUUGCAUGGACAGCACCAGCAAGUACAUGACCACCUAUCGCAUUCCUAAUGAAGUCCAGAAUCGGGUCAAAACCUGGUAUGACUACACCUGGAAAUCACAAGGCAUGCUGGACGAGCAGGAAUUACUCAUGCAGCUACCACAUAAGAUGAGGCUCGAUAUUGCAGAGGAUGUGAACUUUGCCACCGUCAGUAAAGUUGCCCUCUUUCAGGGCUGUGACAGGCAGUUGAUUUUUGAUAUGCUUACAAGGCUGAAGUCUGUUGUCUACCUCCCAGGGGACUUCGUCUGUAAAAAGGGGGAGAUUGGUCGUGAAAUGUACAUCAUUAAAGCAGGAGAAGUACAGGUGGUGGGCGGCCCUGACCUGAAGAUCGUGUUUGUGACCAUCAAAGCAGGCUCUGUGUUUGGGGAAAUCAGUCUUUUAGCAGGAGCCGGCGGCAACAGGCGAACAGCGAACGUCAAGGCUCACGGCUUUGCCAACUUGAUGAUUCUGGAUAAGAAGGACCUGGCAGCAAUUCUGGAGAACUAUCCAGAGUCCCAGAAGCUUCUCCGCAAGAAGGCCAAGAAAAUGUUGACAAAGGACAAGAAACCGGAAACAGCAGAGGGCAAGAAAGCGGAAGAAGUAAUCCCACCACCCUCAGAGACGCCCAAGCUCUUCAAAGCUGCCCUGGUCGUCACCGAACAGGCGGGAAUCAAAGGCACCUUUGCCAAGCUGAAAGAAAAAGAGGAGGCUGGAGGCUUGGAGCUGCCCUCCACAAGCCAGCCACCCCAGACCCCCGUGCGUAAGCGCUCGCCCAUACCAAAGACCAUGGCCCAGGAGACAGAUGACACAGUGGCCGAGACGGCCGAUAGCAGCAUGUUGAUCCGCAUGACCCCGCGCCGCGAGGGGGAGGAGGUCCUGUCUGUGGAAAAGGGAGCGGAGCAGAAAAAGUAGGAAAAAUGAGAAGAGCAGAGCAAAAGAGAAAAGAAGAAAAGGACAUCAGAAAACAAGGGAAAAUUAGGAAAAAAUGGAAUGAGGGAAGAAAGAAUCAGAGUUCAA